CUCAAGUGUCAGAUUCUGUCUUGUUUUCUUUAUUCCGACCAAUAAUGCGCGAGGUCUCGUGCUCAGCGCUCUUAUUUUACAGCGCACCCACCUCGACUUCCACAGCUGGCCAUGGAGCAUUCAAGAUGUUGCUGGACUGCAUCUGAAGAUAAGAGACACGGCCACACAGCCUGGAGGAAAGGCUAGGGUUGUUUGGUUUUUCAAGCCCAUCUUUCCGCAGGAUGAUGAGACACAGCGGAAGUAUUGGAAUAUCUUCGUCGGGACGAGGAGACAGCCGCUUUUGAAGUUGACAUAGCAAGCAGUUUGCGUCGCUGUAUCCAGUGAAAGGAUUCUACGUUGGAAAGUGACACAAUACCGGUACUUUCACUGGGCGAAACUUGACAGCCCGGAAGAGAUCAGCGGACCCUUCGUCUUCGUGGAUAAAGGAAAUCAAAUACGUCCUCUGCCAUUUUGGCCAGAAUUUCCUGUUUGAAAACAAAGCUACAAGAGUGUUCGUUUCGUUACUCGCUGACGUCGACCCGACAUUCCUCCUGGAAAUAUCCCGGUCCCGCACACUCCAAGCGUUAGCUUCAUGUUCAUUAAUCUGUCCGAAUUGUCAACGCCGUCUGCUCCGGUCCUAUAUACGAAGGCGUUACCUGCAGCUGUCAUCUUCCUCCGAUUGGAAAUAACGCACCCUCCUAGCCGAAGAAAAAUUAUGACUCCCUCUUGAGACGGGCAGCCUUUAAAGUCGGUGAGACAACGAAUCUGGAAAGUCGUCCAAUAUGCUACUGUAACCAAAUUAGUAUAAUUUUUGCAACAUCAGUGUGAAAAAUAUUGGAAUGUCUCUAAUGUAUUGUGGAGCAUUUUUUUACACUGAAGGACCUAAUAUCGGUGCGUUUUAUCCAAUACACGCUAUUUUCACGACUUUGAUUUGAAGUAAACUGACGGCAAUUGUCUUGAUGAGGAUGCGUUUCUUCUCCUAUUGAUUGGAACACAGAGUCGCACCCCCACCAUCUCCGGAAAGAGCCUGACCACGACAUGAGCCGCACUGGACACCAGGCGGAGACAGGGCUCCCCAUCCGGCUACUGCGGGCCGUGGUGCCCCCAAGGCGACCCUGCUCCACCGUGGCUUGGCUGGUGUCCUUCACCAAGGCCUUAACGGCCCGGCUGCUGUUCGCCAUCCACGGUAUCGUGACGGUGUGGCGAGUGGCCAGCGUGCAGGGCAGCGCCGUGUACUACCUGAUGGUCAUGCCCGUGGCCCUCAUGCCUGGGGAGAUGAUCUUCACCCUGCAGACCACGGCUGCCGGAGAAUGGAAAUGGUUAUGCCCGAGUGCCCUUCUCUACUUGGCCAGCGUGGUACCCGGAUUGUGGAUGCUACAGCUUGACUUGUACCAAAAGCGUAUGGACUACAGGGAUCACAUGCACUGGAAGGAGUGUGCCAUCAAUAUCAACUACAACCAGACGUUGUUCACAGAAAUACAAGGGCUAACAAUUCCCGUUGUCCUUGCCGACGAUGAAUGGGCUUUGGCCCUCGAACAGAUUCUCCUUUGCCUCCUCAUCCUGGGCCGCUGGCUCCUCCCAAAGGGGUCACUGACCCGGGAGCAGCUGUCCCAGCUUCUGAUGGUCUACAUAGGCAUGGCAGCCGACAUCUUGGAGUUCUCCCUGGAGAAUCUGCGGGAGGAGGCCGUGGUCUGCAACAAGCUUAUCAUCAUGGUCAUCCUUGCCCUGUGGAGCUGGAGCCUGAUCCAGUUCGCCCUGGUGCUGACCUCGGUGGCCGGGCCCAAGAUCCGGGUCUUCAACCGGCGGCGAGAGGCCUCCACCUCCUCCGAGCGGGGCGCCCGGGCCACCGUGGCCGAGCUGCAGGACCCGGAGACCCAGCACCACCAUCGGCACGGCUGCUGCUCCUCGGAGAUUUGGGCGCUCUGCAUCUCCUUGAUCAUGCAGGACGGGCCCUACCUGACCAUGCGGCUCUACCUCAUCACCCACUUCCACAUCAUAAACCAGAUGAUGCUCUUCUUCACGCUCAAGAACAUGAUGAUCUUCCUGCUGACCGUCUACAGGAUAUACGUGUUGCGGAUGACCAACCGCCGUAAGAAGAAGCGGCUGCAGCAGGGGGUCAAGGUCCGAGUGGACCCGGGGGAUGGGCUGAUGAAGGCCGGGCAGGUGCCGCCUGUGGAUCUGGAACCGGGGGACCAACACGAGGUCAUCACGGAGAAGGAGAUUAGCAAGCCUAAAGACAAGGAGGCACUGAAACAAAAUGGAUUCACGGAGCUGGACUCGGAUCUGGAACUGACCCAGGUUGUGGCGCACGUGGAGGAGAGGAUGCGAGGGAAACCCCAUCUCAGGGGGGAUGCCAUCGAGGAAAUAGAACUCUGAAGAGGAAUAACUUAAAGUGGCUAUUUUUAUAUAUUGGGUUGUAAGCACCAUGGUUUGUUGGCUUAUGAAAAGUCCAAAUUCGACUGAUGAUUGAAACGUAAUGAUGGAGAUCAUGAACUUGAAAACCUAUAGUGAAAAAAAUCACUUUGUCGCAUGGGGGAUGCUUACACAUUCUACUGAAUAACAGUUUCGGCAGUGUGAAAACAGAAAGCACUUCAUAAUACAGGAUAAAAGGGAACAUUAACAUGAUUGCCUUGUUGGUAACUUUAUCAAUUUAAAGAAGGAUUUGGCCGAGAGGAUUAUGGGCAACGUUGAGUGAUAUGUCUACACGAUUUUCUUAACGGGCCAUUCUGCGACGAUCGUGGCCCAAUGAAUGUCUAAUCCGCCGUUUCAACACGAAAAUGACAAAUUUGGAUCGGGUUGGAACAAUCAUUAAGCCCACAGACAUGCACAUAAGGAAUUAGCCUGGAUGUAUUUCACGAUUGGCUAAAAAGGCAGGAGAAGGCACGGCAAAAGAACACAUAGGCGAGACUGGGUCUAGUUUUUGGGUUUUUUUUUACAGUUGUUACAAGUUGAUGCGAUGCUUUCCUCCUCCAAACAAGACACCGAGGAAGCUGUAACCAAAAGCAGGGAUGAAACGGACACUACAUCCCCAUAUCGAAGUGAAUGUUUUCAAAUAUCUAAACUAUAUCUGUUGAGAGAUACGUAUUUCAUCACAGUCUGAACACUGGUGAAAAACACCCGUAGGUAUAUUGGUGUAGAACUUUGCCUAUCCAAACCUGAGUACGUUACAGAUUUUGGCUGUAGCUUUUAUCAUUAUUAAUAACAAAUCUUCAAUUUCUUUGUUUUAUGGCCAACAUCUUCAACUUCCACCCAGAGAAGAGAAAAAUACCCAUCUUGUUUGCUCUCCGAUCUAUCGUGCAAAAUGUAAAAUUUAUGACAACUGCCCCCGGUGGCGAUAAAGUUUUGCUCACGAUUGUUAUGAAAAGGGCUCGAAAACAAAAUUAUUCGUUGUCGUUUCAGACUGCGCUUAACGAGGGCCAAAAAAGCCAAAGUUAUGACUACUUUGGCGGCGUAUGUACGUUUUGAUCUGAUGGUAAGUCAGGAAUAGGGAUCGAGGCUUUCGCCGUGAUGCCAGAAAUAGUUACAAUUUUAGAAUUCUCCUACUGCUGAAUGCUGAGUUUACCGGAAUAUUGACGGAAUUCCUUGCAAGGACAUCGGGUAUUUUCCUGAACCAUGGCAAUAACUGGCGGUGAUUUAGUAGUCGCCAACCAGAAUAAGGAUUUGAAGCUCACCCGUCCUUCAUCGAACAAUCACAGAUGAGGUAUUUAAGAGACGAAUUCUUCUUAUGAUAACUUUGGAUAAUGUUAGAUUUGUUAAAAUAACUGCUUAUAAAUACCACCCUUCUCCAAUGGUUUGAGCAGCUACCUGGGGAAAUUAACGAAUGACUGGUUUCGCAGUGAAUUCACAGUUAUUUAUAGGUCGUUCUUAAAUGGGACCGUGGACUGCUUCACCAGUCGCUCCUGUUUUCCACAUCAUGAAUAACAAAAAUCCAUGACCUGCUUGUCAUCCGGUCCGGAUGCAGUGGAAAUGUCAAAAAGCGUUUGUGACAACAAACACAAUACACAGGAACGUGAUGAAAAGUACAAAUGGACAAAGGUAGAAAAAUAUACUAGGUAAUAUUUGAAACAGUCAACACUGUUUCUGCUUUUUACGUUCACUGUAGGUUUUCCUUGGUUGGAACUAGAAUUUACCUUUUACAGUAUUAGAAAACAAGCAACCGUUUAAUGUGCAGUAUUCUAGAUAUGCAAUAUCUUCUCAGGUUUUAAAGCGAAAAAAAAUUAAAAUAAGUGCUAUAGAAAUAGACAUUUUAGACACAAAGCCGAAUGUGCCAUAAUCUACAAGCAAAUAAACAUUUUAAGUAGACUGAUGGAAUUUGGGUUUUGAAUUUUCGCGACGUAAUAAAUAUAUUUCUUAUAAUCGGUAGGACCUAGGCUAAAUGUGCAAAUGUGUUCUUUAAGACACCGAUCGAUAUUAUCAUUUGAUUUGAUCAAUAAUGCUAUGUAUUAUUAAAACUAGCGUGGAAAAUUAUAAAACAUCUGUUAACUUCCAGCAAAAAGGUUUUAUUAAACCAGAAUAUAUCAGGUUUGUGCUUUGACAGUGUUGGUUCAACAUACAAACCAAAGAAAACAACUGUGUUGAGGCACACUUCAAAGACCCAGACCGAAUGCAAUAAUUAUAGUUUCAUGCAUUAAUGUAUAAAGACAGCGUGUGGGCAGUAGUUGCGACGGGUUUGUAUUGACUGGUGCCUUGGCGGAUCCAAGGUGAGGGGCCAAUACGUUGCAACGGGGGCCAUCCACCCGUAAAAAGUGAAGGCAAUUUUGCGUUCUUGAAAUAUAUUGAGAGAAAGGUGAUUUAUGGGACUAUUUCUUUUUUUCCUUCCCACAGCUUAGAAAUCCCGAAAAAUGUAGCCUCACCCCUCACAAAAGCAAUAAAAUGUCACCCAAAGAAAGUCCCAAAUCUUUUGACCCGUUUCCGAUAAAAUUUGCCCCCCCCCCACAAAUGCGGUUCUGGAUCUACCCUUGAACUGGCGUGAAUUAACUCCCAAGGAAUGUUUACCAUUUUUGCUGAUUAAAUCUGAUAUAUAUAUAUAUGUGUUAAAAUUUAAUCUUCAAAGUAAUCAUUGUCAUCUACAAUCUGUGAUUCCCUUUCUGCCUUCUUUAUAGGUUUACUUUGAAUCACAAAAGGGAGGUGAAAAUAACAGAUAUUAGGAGAUUGUAGCGUUUUAUACUUGUUUGAUAUGAAGGAAAUGAUUUAACACAGACUUCUACAGUCUAACUUCUACAGAGUCAACAGAAAUGAUUACAUGUUGAGUUUGCUGUGCUAGAUCACAAUUCGGAAUGAUGAACACGACAUCAUCUAUUUAGAAAAGUGCCAUCAUCGUACUGUAUAUACGUCAAUUUGGCUUAAGUAAUGACAAUUCAGAUGUUGCUGUGAAUCUCAGAAAUAAUACAAAAUGGCGUCUGCAUGUUGAACAAAAAAUCCAAUUUUUAUUUUUAAAAGGUAUACUAACAGAAGUACAGAUGUAAGAAACCGUUUUCAGGUAUCGGUGGGGUGUACAUGUGUACAAGAGGAUCUAGGAAAAACAUUUUUUUCGAAGCGGUUCCAUAAGGCCUCAUGCAUAAUUCAAACUAUAAUCUCUAUGAAACUUCACCUGAUAGGUGGCCUAAUGACGUUAUCUUCCCUUUAUCAGAUUUUGGCGGAACCGUAAUCGAGUUACUCCCAAUUGCUUCGCACGCCACUUUUGCAUAAUUCCGGGUGAAACUGAAGGCUGCGAUUUGGCCUGGGACACCCCGACCGCAUCAAAGGGCCACAAAAUGGCCAGUAUGGAAUCUGCUCCCAGCUGGAAUUAUUUGGCCCCUUGGGAGCAAAAAUAUGUACACAUAUUAGGCUAAAGGUAGAUAGCGCAGUAAGGACAAAUUAGUCGUAGAACAUGUAGUUCGGAGUAUGGGUAAGAGGGACAAACCGUACCACAAAGGGGAAGGUCAUUCAUGUCUCGUCGAAAAUGUAUUGCCGAUCAAAAUGUACCGCUGAUUGAUCCAUCUACAUGAAAAACUAAAUAUGUAGUGGGUGGGCACGAUAUGAGCCAUUACGACCGUUCUAGGGAACCCCGUUGCAUGGUAAAGUCCAUUUUAAAGCCUCUUUGUUCCGGUGACUCUUUAACGUUUACCGGUAAUUUAAUAUACUUAUUACUAAAUGUGUAAAUAGUUACACAAGGUUGUAGAAACUGGAAAAGGGUUUUUUGAAAUGUAAGACAUGACCUAUGGAGGCACUGCAGGGCGAUGUCUGGAAGUUUACCUUGACAAAAUGUCAGCGAUACUGUUAGCUUCCAGCACAAAAAAAAUCACGAGGGGUUGAGUGACUGCAAAUACCCCCCCGAGGCCGACUCGAACGAGCGCUCUGCUCGAUAUGAUGUCACAAACAAAAAGUGUACAUGUAAACUGUCUUAGGCCUACAUGUAUACGUCUUACAAAAACCAAUAGCUGGCUUACACUCCAUCGCUACUUUUACCCAUCGUAAUUCAUUCACCGGGGUAGUUGAUACUAACCGUAUUUGCCCGACUGAUUCUGAUCAUAAUUUGUUUCCCGCCAUUUCGGUGAAAGCUUUAAAUCAUAGCCGGGGAACUCGAGACAGGCAUCAUGUACAUUAACUGAUUGAGUGAUUGUGACUGGGUGAGACGGAGUGAAGAGCGCUGCCAUGUUGAUUAAAGACAAACGGGAACUGGGAAUGGCAGCCGUGCUUUAAAACACAUUCUGCGUUGUUGAAUUUAUUUAGAUUAUUUUUUUCAAAUAAAAGAUAAGAUCAUAAAAUUGAUUUUACCUCAAUAAUGUGAUGAAUAGAAACGUGUAUUAUUUUUUCUAAGGGAUUUAAUAAGAGAUCAACAUCUGCAAUAUCAAAGACCUUCAACAAGGAUUAGAUUUUGAAAAGAAAUGUGUGGAUAUUUUUUGGGUAAACAGGAACUGAUGCAAUAAUCAGACUUGGACGAGUUAACUCCUUCAAUAAAAUUAAUUCUUUUUAAGAGGGCAGGCAUAGAGCCGACGCUGCUGGACGCGAAACAGCCGGGAAAUUCAUGAUGGCGACUAGAACUCCCCUCCAUUUAAAAUGGUCCAGCAAGGCCCGGGUUCUUAAACGUUCCUGGAAAUGUUGCCACUUCAAUAUUUUCACGAUUUUAUUUUGGAAAAUGACCAAUAGGAUCACGAUUUUUAGGAGUGUGCUAACGGACAUUGUGAAGAAACAUCUGUGUGGUAGAAUUAUAUACCGGUAUAUGAUUCGGUUUUGCGGAGUGAUGCUUCGAUUGAAUGCUCCGUGAAUUUGAACCAGUGUAAAUUUAAAGAUAUACUUUGUGGUUUCUUUAAAAAAAAUUAAUAUUGCCCUCCUGAGACUGGAACUUAUCUUAUUAUCUGGGAUUGGUAGGUUUUGUUGCCACGGGCACAUAUUUCUGUAUGAACUAGAUCACGCUGUGUUACUGUAUAUUUCCCCGCAUCAAGGCAGUCGCGUGAAUACUGAUAUUUCAAGAUAUGGGUUUGCUAAAGAUGUCAGUGAAAGCCAGCUUACUUGAAAGCCAUGGAUUUGUAUGACGACAGACACUGGAUUAAUGCAUCUUGCCUUGCAA